AUGGCUGUGGAAGAGAAGAACAAACGGAGGAAAAAAAGUGCCGAGCAGGGAAAGAACCCAGAUGACGGUGUUCGCGGGAAUCUGACCGGAGACUAUCUGGUUGGACAAGUCGCCAAUAGUUUAUUCCACGACAAGCUCUCCAGAGGCAGCACAGGUCUGCUGGCGUCCCUCUUCAGCUCUUUCGAGCCUCAGGUUCAACCCGUGUACGUGCCCGCGCCUAAAGAAACCACUAGAAAAAGGAAACGGGAUGAGGAGGAAGAAAGUACAUCCCAGAUUCAAAGACCACUUUUGGAAGAACCUGCAAAAAAAAUGAAAGUGAAGAAGAAACACUCUGAUGCAGACAAAAAGUUGGCAAAGGAAAGUGCUCUAGCGAGUGCUGAUUUAGAAGAAGAAAUUCACCAGAAACAAGGGCAGAAAGGAAAAAAUUCUCAAUCUGGCAUUAAAGUUGCACAUAGAAAAGUACUUGACGAUGUAGAUGACACAGAUGUAAAUCAAAGAAAGAAAAUUCAGAUCAACCAAGAAGAAGAGAGAUCAAAGAAUGAAAGAACUGUGUUUGUUGGCAAUUUGCCUGUGACAUGUAAUAAGAAGAAGCUGAAGUCAUUUUUUAAAGAGUAUGGACAAAUAGAAUCUGUACGAUUUUGUUCUCUGAUUCCAGCAGAGGGAACUCUAUCCAAAAAGUUGGCAGCAAUAAAGCGUAAAAUUCAUCUUGAUCAGAAAAAUAUUAAUGCCUAUGUUGUGUUUAAGGACAAGAGUGCUGCUACAAAAGCAUUGAAAAGAAAUGGGACUCAGAUUGCAGAUGGAUUUCGUAUUAGGGUUGAUCUUGCAUCUGAGACUUCAUCGAGGGACAAGAGAUCAGUAUUUAUGGGGAAUCUCCCUUACAAAGUUGAAGAAUCUGUCGUUGAGAAACACUUUCUGGAUUGUGGGAGUAUCGUGGCAGUGAGGAUUGUGAGAGACCAAGCUACAGGAGUUGGCAAAGGGUUUGGCUACGUACUCUUUGAGAAUACAGAUGCUGUUCAUCUUGCUCUGAAAUUAAAUAAUUCCGAACUAAUGGGAAGAAAACUCAGAGUCAUGCGUUCUGUUAAUAAAGAAAAAUUAAAACAACAGAGUUCAAAUCCAGGUUUGAAGAAUGUCAGUAAACCUAAGCAUGGACUUCAUUUUGCUUCCAAAAAUGCAGAAGGACGUUCUAAGAGUUUAUUUAUUGGCGAAAAAGCUGUUCUCAUUAAAAAGAAGAAGAAAGGACAGAAGAAAAGUGGUCGAACUAAGAAACAGAGAAAACUGAAAUAGUGAUUAGAAGCUGCUUUUUACUCCCCCCAACUAAGUAGUUAGUAAAAGUACUAUUAUCUGCUAAUAGCAUUAUCUGCUAA